ACCCAAACCUACUGCAGCGGGUGGCGCCAAUCUCUCGCCGCACUCGAGCUUCCCUUCUGUCACGAACCGAAUUGACGAAAUCGGCCAUGGGCGUCUGACGGCACUUGUCCCCGAUUCCAGUCGCUGCCCAUCACCCCUGUCCCAUUUGCAUUGUUUCCUCGAUCCUAUAAACAUAUAAACAGAUCGCCCUCCUCCUUUUUCGAUCGUCUCCAUCUCGCCUCUUGCACAUUUCUCUUCCUUCUUCCUCUUUUUCAUUCUCUUGGCAAUCGCUGCCGCCCAGUCACCAUCAUGGCGUCUGGGAAUGCGCGCUACGUGCGCUACCUGCUCAUCGCAUUCUUUACUGUUUUGAUCUUCUAUUUCGUCACCAAUUCCAAGUACGAGGGCGUCGACAUCAGCAAAGGCACAUUUGCCCCAGGCUCCAAUCAACAGGCCCAAGAUGGAUCCAAAGACACCAAGCCUUCGACGCAAAAGGCUCUGACCGGCGAUGCCAAAGAUUUCCCUCUUGCCAUGACGCCCAACGAUGCCGGAUUCAACGAUCUCGUCGGCCUCGCCCCCGGUCCUCGAAUGAAUGCCACUUUCGUCACUCUCGCCCGGAAUAGCGAUGUCUGGGAGAUUGCUCGCUCGAUCCGUCAGGUUGAGGACCGCUUCAACCGACGAUACAACUACGACUGGGUCUUUUUGAACGACAAUCCCUUCGAUGACACGUUCAAAAAGGUCACCACAUCUCUCGUUUCCGGCAAGACGUUCUAUGGCGAGAUCCCCAAGGAGCACUGGUCGUUCCCUGAAUGGAUUGACCAGGACAAGGCCAAAAAGGUUCGCGAGGACAUGGCUGAGCGCAAAAUCAUCUACGGCGACUCGAUUCCCUAUCGCCACAUGUGCCGCUUCGAGUCUGGCUUCUUCUUCCGCCAGCCACUGAUGAUGAACUACGAAUACUACUGGCGAGUCGAGCCCUCCGUCGAGCUCUACUGCGACAUCCACUACGACCCCUUCCGCCUGAUGGCCGAGCAAGGCAAAAAGUACAGCUUCGUUCUCAGCCUGUACGAGUACCCGGCUACCAUUCCUACUCUGUGGGAAAGCACCAAGAAGUUCAUCAAGAACCACCCCGAGCAUAUUGCUGCCGACAACACGAUGAAGUUCCUUAGUGACGACGGUGGUGACACGUACAACAACUGCCAUUUCUGGUCCAACUUUGAGAUUGGCAGCUUGGAUUGGCUGCGCAGCAAGCAGUACAUUGAUUAUUUCGAGUCUCUGGACAAGGACGGUGGUUUCUUCUACGAGCGUUGGGGAGAUGCGCCUGUCCACUCCAUUGCGGCAGGCCUCAUGCUCAACAAGAGCGAGAUUCACUUCUUCAACGACAUUGCUUACUGGCAUGUGCCCUUUACACACUGCCCCACCGGAGAGAAGACGAGACUCGACCUGCGCUGCCACUGUGACCCCAAGGAGAACUUUGAUUGGAAGGGCUACUCUUGCACAUCCAAGUUCUUCGAGGCAAACGGCAUGUCAAAGCCCGAGGGUUGGGAGAACCAAAAAGAUUAGAGAGAUAAAAACGAAAAUUAUUCACACUUGACCAUUCAUCAAGCUUUCAAUGGCUUGAGUCAGUUUCUACUUGGUUUUAUUCGGUAUACUUGGGUUUAAUUGGCAGGCAGUGCCGGCAUAUUUUAAGCUGCAUGGAACGGAUAAGAUAGGAGGCAACGAACAGAGAAAAAAGGGAAAUGAAUUGUUUUUUUUUUACACUGCCGGGAGGAAAGGAAGGAUUAUAAAGGGGCGUCUGACUGGCUUGACACGAUUUGGACAAUCAUUGCUCAUGUAAAUAUAUGGUGAAAUUCGAAGAGAUGUACGCGUAUGUUUUGACGUGAAAA